GCCUGCUAGUGAUUUUAUAUCUUAACAGUGACUAUCGCGAGUGCUUCCUUUUGGGGAAAGUGUUCAUUCGUACUUUUGUUUAUUUUUAUUAGAUGGAUUAUCAUAAUUAAAAGAAUUGGGUCUGCAUCGUUGGCUGGUUCAUAUAGAGUUCUUUGUGAAAGAAUGUGCUUUUGCCGUACAUAUAAAAAUUUAUCUAGAGAUUUUUUAUAAUGUAAAAUAAUCUUUAAACGCCGGUCGUUAAAGAUAAUUUUUAUACAAAUUUUAAAAUAGAAUUCGUGAUAAUUUUAGCACAAUUAUCUAUUUUUAUAGUUGUUAAUUCGUGUACAGUGAAUUUUAUAUUAUAAAAGACGCCUGCUUAGGAGUGAGGAUGGAGACAGAGGAAGUUACAAAACUUGUCGAUGGGAUAUACAAGAACAUCCUCGACAAGUUCAACCCUGGAGCCAGACAGCUAAUUAGUGCUGGUAAAGCAUACCUGAAGGCGUUGCAUGGUGCGGCAGCAGCUUCAAGAACUUAUGUUGACGCUGUUGGCAAACUUGGACGAAAUGCUCAACAAAACACAUGGGGUGGUUCUACAGAUAUUGGAACUGCACUAAUGCAAAUUGUUGGGGUCUACAAAGAAAUUCAGGAGCAACAAAUGAAUAUCUUGAAAGCUUUCUACGUCGAUCUUCUUGUACCAUUAGAGACAAAUCUUGAAAAAGAUACAAAAGUUGUUCAAAGCGAGCAGAAAAGAUUUAUGCAACAGCAUAAACAACGUGCUGAAAGUUACAGUAAGGCAGCAGCCGCUAUCAAAAAGCAACGUAAGAAGCGAUCUUCAGCCUUAGAUAAGGAAUUGAAGAAUAUGCAACUGCUGGAAGAAGAAAAGUCUAAAUUGGAUGCUUUCUGUGAACAAAGUUUAAAAAAUGCCAUGACCCAAGAACGAAGACGAUACGGUUUUGUACUGGAGCGCCAAUGUUCAUUGGCGAAACAUUGGAUGGCACAUCACAAUUCAGCGGCUUCCGCCCACGGCGCCGCUAUCGAGGACUGGCUGCGGGUGGCGGCCACCAGAGAAUUCUUGCCAGGAGGUGUUGAUCAGCUCCUUGGUGGAAAAAUGAGGCAAGUAAACUGGCCCGACGAUGCUUCGGAUUGUUCUGGAUCUGCUUUGCGAAAAGCGCGCUCCAUGGACGCCUCCUGCCUGGAUCUAAGAGCUUUGCAAUCUUCUGACCCACAAAUUAAUGGUAACGGACUGACCCGCGCAAAAAGUGAAUUGCAAUUGUCUACCGCCGGUGACGAUGAUGCCUCAACGGUGUCCCGCAGGGCAAAACCGCAAGUCCAGCCGACACAUGCGUCCGGGAGGAAUACGCCGCAGAUUGAGCGCCAUUGCGACACUUUAGACACUCGAAAUCGCCCGCAAAGACGUCCUUAUUCAGCAACUCCAUCUCGCCGUCCUCGUUCCGUAGCUGUUCCAUCAACUGCUGUUCCAUCCCAACCACCCCCGACUGCGCCCUGGGAUCCAGCACCAGUUCUUUGCAGAGCACUUUACGCGUAUUUGUCAUCUGGAGAUAGUCAACUCAGUUUUUUAGAGGGAGACAUGAUAGCACCACUUGGUGAACGCCAAAAAGGUUGGCAGUAUGGUGAAAAUCUACGAACGCAAUGCAGCGGGUGGUUUCCUUUAGCUUAUACUGAAGUACUGGAUGAUAGCGGUUCACCAUGUCGAGGUAUGAGUUCCCCAGGAGGCCGGAGUAGCGGUAAUUCCCGAGAAUCGCCUCCAAUUAGCGAGGCGCCUACGCCAGUUCCUCAGUCAGCUGCGCAGCAAAUUCUUUCACAUCAGGAUCGCUCUCCCCAGCGCAUGUUUGGUGAUACUCUUUUGAUGCAUCGCAAUUCUAAAAUGUUUCGCCGUGUAACCGGCACUGCUGCUACAAAUCAGCACCCUGGUCCGCCACCGGCUGCUCCUGCUCCAGUUCCUACUCCCGUGGUUCCCCCAUUGACAGGAAGGCCAUUACCUUCUUCUCAUAGUGCAAACUUUACACUUCCAUCAACUGGUCAUGCAAAUAAGAUGAAAACAUCUAAAUCGCAUUAUGGAUUUGGACUUGGACUUUCUCAUCAAACCAGUAUCGGCCAACCAGUGUCGUCGCGACCUUCUACCGUUAUCGAAAAUUCUUCAGCUGUUAGAAAUAAAAUUGGUGCAGUUCGAGGAGCUGCUCCCGCUGGAAAUAUUUCAUUGCACAGUUCGAACGAUAGCGGCUUUUCGAACGAGCCACCUCCUCAGCCUGAGGUUGACUAUUCAGAUGAUGAGCAUGGAACACGCAUGCCAGCCAGAACUAGAAAACUUAGUAAAUCGCCUUUGGAUAGCCCGGAAGCGCACGAGAAUCGUAUACGUCAAAGUAGCAGCUAUGGAAAUCUAUUCGAUCAACGUGCUACAUCCACUAUGCCAUCAGGACAUCGGUCUUUGGAUCAAGUUAACAAUGGCACCAUUGGCCGACGAUCAUCCGUAAAACGUACGCGGUCUUUCUGGCGCUUUGGGCGUUCUGACACGGGAAUCCUUGAAGGCAUGGCUUUAUGGAAACAUCGCGAUCUGGUCGAUAUUACUUCAAAUACAAACGCUAAUAAAGAUACUAUGCCAAAUGGAGCCUUAGAUGGAGACGCCGAAAAUAACAAUCCGGCACCUAAACGCGAUGUAAAUUCUAAUGAGAUGGAUAAUCAAAAAUUAAAUGGAGAGCAUAUGAUUCAAAAUGGUACAAAACAUAAUUUUCAGAAUAACUAUGGAGGAAACACCAAGCAUUACAGUGGCAGCAACGGCCCAUUCCUGAAGUCUGAUAUUGACAAUCGCAUUUCAAAACAUGAACAAGAGGUGAUGGAAUGCAGAAUAUCUUCAAAAAGAUCCCAACAAAUGGACGACGAUGAAGAAACUAUCACAGCCACUUUAAUGAUGAAUGAUUCUAAGGACAACGAAAUUUCAAACAGUUCGAAUGCACUUAAUAACUUAGAUAACCACUUUUAUGAUGAUGAUAGUGAUGGUUUGCUACUGAAAACCGUAAAACGCAAAGAGAUCUUGAAGCAGUAUAAUCAUUCUACUGAAUCUGAUACUGAUAGCACUACAUCUGAUCCUUAUGAUUGCAUAGUGGUUGAUGAUCAUUUGGCUGCAUCACCACGAGAUAUUAAAAAAAUGCAACAAGCGCAACAGCUUGCAAAAUAUCGCGAACACAAAGAUGAAAAUAUUGGACUUCAAGAAAAGAAUCGCAAUCAUCACAAUGAGGUAAAAAGGCAAUUCAAAACAUUUCAUGCCGAAAACGAUCAACGUAAUGACCAAAAGCCAAGUUAUCAGCAACAACAACAGCAGCAACAAAUUAGUAAAAAAGAAGCUCCAGAGGCUUUGGCAAGAACAUCAUUGUUGCCACGAACAAAAUUAUCUAAAUCGAGCAGCGUAGGCCCAACUAUGCAAACAAUAAUGAAAUUUGAACAGGAAAUUGGUUUGCUUACAUAUGGCUCAACACUUCGUGAUCGCAUGAGAGUGGCUGGGGUAAACCCAAAUACAGGCAAUACUUAUGGACCAUGGGGAAUGCAGUUCGCUAAUGUUAAACUUCGAAAGACACAAACCAAUGACAGAUCCGCUCCUGUCAUUGACUAACUGUAUAUUAUCAAAUGCUAAUAGGAACUAAUUCCCGGUGUUGGAACAUUCAAAAUAGCGAUUUUCAAUUUGUUUUAACAUUUCAAACUAUUUAUAAAAAUAACAAAUUUUAUAUUGAAAAAAAAACACAGAGAAGAAACUUUUUUAGUGCACGUGGUUUCAAAUGAUUAUUUAUUUUAUACUGUAGAUAUGUACAAAUGUUAUAUAUUUGAUGUUAUAUCGUGUUUCUGUAAAAAUAUAGCGUUAAUAUCAUUUGUGCACAUAACUGCAUUAGUCUACAAGGUCAGCUUUAGAAGUGUAGAUAAAUUGUUGUAUUCAAUUUUAAACAUUGAUAAAAGCUAAAGACGACGGCAAAACAUAAAUAUA